AUGGCGCAAUCGGACGAUGUCAUCUGGUCCAUCAUCGGCCACACCUUCUGCUCCUACAAGAUCAAAUCCGACACACACUCCACCUUUUGCCGAAAUCAAUACAACCUUACCGGUCUCUGCAACCGCCAGUCCUGCCCGCUAGCCAACUCUCGAUAUGCCACAGUAAGAGAAUCGGAGGGAAAGGUGUACCUCUACAUCAAGACGGCAGAAAGAGCCCAUUCGCCUGCUCGAUUGUGGGAGAGGGUGAGACUGUCUAGCAAUUACUCAAAGGCCUUGGAGCAGAUUGAUCAGGAGCUGCCCUACUGGAGCAAUUUCGUCGUACACAAGGCGAAGCAGAGGUUGACCAAGAUCACACAAUACCUGAUCAAGCUGAGAAAGAUCAGGCUGAAGGAGGAAGAACAGCCCAAGCUGGUGGGCAUCAAGCAGAAGACGGAGCGCAGAGAAGCAACGAGGGAGAAUAAGGCUCUUCGCGCAGCACGGCUGGAGCGCUCCAUCGAGCAAGAGCUUCUCACCCGUCUCAAGUCCGGAGCAUACGGAGACGCUCCACUGAACGUCAACGAGGAAGUCUGGAACUCAGUGCUGGAGGGACGGAAGCAGAAGGAUAAGCAAGUGGAUGGAGAGGGUCUGAGGCUGGAGGACGAGGAGAGCGAGGAGGAAGAUGAGGAGCUACUCAGCGAUAUGGAGCGGGAAUGGGAAGAGGAGGCAGGCGUGGGUGAUAGAGAAUUCGUCAGUGACGACGAUGAGAGUGAGGACGAAGAGGGAGACAUCGAGGAUGGCCUUUAUGACUCAGAAGGCAAUUCGAUCGAGGGCGCCGAAGAUUCCGAUGAAGAGGACUCAGACGAAGAUGAGGAUCCAUCAAGCGAGGAGGAGGAGGGCGCUGGCGGGAAAAAGCGCAAAGCCCCUACCGCCCGGCCCACAGGCAAGUCGCAACCGCAAUCAAAGAAGAAGCGACCUGCAGGAGGGAGGAAGGGAGGCAAGCCCGGUAUGGAGAUCGAGUACGAGCAAGAAGUCGAGACCAGACCAUUGGCCAGUCAAGAUCUCUCCAAUUGGUGA